AUGGCAAUACCAAAUAACAACGAGCAACAUCAUCAACCCACUACUGCUACAGGCGGUAACACUACCACUUCAUCCAUCCUUUCAUCUGAACAACGUUCUAAAAAUGAAGACAUUACGAUGGAGGAGACCCAUCAAGAUGAAUCCCCAACCGCUCCUGUUACGCCUGUGGCUACUGUCACCGAUAAUACUCCCACCCGGGCAUGGAUAAUAUCUACCACCCCAGAACCGGCUUACCUAGGGCUCCCAUCCCAAGCACUGGUCAAGCGUGCAAUGGUUAGAGACUUACCUAAGUUCAAGGUCUUGAACGAUGAUACAAAGGACCCAGAUGACGCAUUCGUAUCCGUAAAUCAAUAUUUCAAGGCAUUUGAAAGAACUUUCAGAAUGCAGAAUGUUGAUCUCCUCGAGCUCAACUGGAGAGAUAACCUUGCAAAUGUCAUUGGAAUAGACUAUGCCAAUUGGUACUCUGAUACUAUUAUCGAACAGAAUAUGGCAAUCUCUUACACGCAAGCAAAGGCUAUGAACAUGGAUCACAUAGAAUCCCCUGCCAAGGCCAUCAGCAUGUUUAACAAGUUGAAUUUGAGUGUUCGCACAUCAUUAUCAAGCCAUCUCGGCAUCUCAUUCUUACAUCGAUUGAAGUCCUUCCGUCAAGUCGAAGCCUUGAUCAGUGGUCUAGAAGUACAUGUAUCUGAAGGUCCUUUUGUCGCAAGCAUGAGCAAAAGACCCAAAAGAAACCAUGAGCCCAAGUUGAACGGAGGUGAACGUUCUUCUGGCAACAAAUCAAAUAAAAAAUGCUAUUACUGUAAUCAACCUUGGGAAAAAGGCCAUCGCUGUUCUGAAUUCCACGAAGCAAAGAAAGCCAAGCAAAACCAAGGCCAAUCCACUCAUCAUAAAUCAGCAAACAACAAUCAAGUAAGAACCAUCAUGAUGGACCAACUCAAGGAAGAGUGGACUAACUUUGACAUGAAAAGCAGUAAAGAAGAUGAAGCGAUUGAUAACGCUAUUGCUGCUUCAGAAGACGACAACACUCAGCAAUUGGAUUAG